AGUUCUUCCAUCCAGUGACCGGUAGGUCAUCGUUCUUUACCCUUUAUCGCAUGGCCGAAACGCUCCGCCUCGCCGCCAUAGUGGACCACGGUUCUACUUAACCCAUCCCAUCUUAUCGCGGCUCUUAUGGCCGGGACCUUCCACUCCUUUCUUACUUAUUGUUCUUGAUUUCCCGCUUUUUCCUUUCUGUAUCCUGGAAGGUUAUGUUCCCGGAGACCCUCCACGCCCUUGUUCCGUAUCUGAUGGGAGAGUAUAUAUAUAUUCUUUCCAUUCUGUUUGCUUUCCGUUUUUUGGGGUUUGCUCCCCUUCAGGUUGCGCUCUGACGCCUGCAAAAAAUUGAUUUCGAUUUUAAUCCGUCUCUCGUCCCAUCUCGUAUUAAUUUGCGACGGUUCACGCGGCCUGCACCUUUCACCAUGCUCAAAGUAGGCUCGUGGUUAUAUGGCAAGAAGGCUGGUGCCAAUGCCUCGACGCAAUCUUUGGACUCGUUGGUUGAAUUGCGGGAUCUUGAGGAUGCUAUGCGGGCUGCAACCCUCAUUCUGAAUGAUGACGUUGACGGCGCCGAAGAUGGUCUUUCGGAAGGAAUUUCCUCGUUUCAUAAUCUUGGACGAGGGGUUGUUGCAUUUAUUCGGGCGACACUGGGAUUUGAACAGGAGAUUAUGCGCCAAGCAUCGGAACGACUUAAUACGGCCGAGACCAGUGCAGCCAGUGAUCAACACAAGGCUCAGCACAACUUCCAUGCUCCCAACACUUAUCACUCGCCGAUCUACUCGCCGGGCACCGAGUUCGCGCUCUGUCAGGCGAUGGCCCAGCUCAUGAGUGCUGUUGUGGGUGUGCUCAAUGAGAGCCUUACAGAAAGUAUCAAAGGGUUCUAUAAAAUGAGAAAGGCAUACAUUACGUUAGACGGCAUCCUCAAGAUGGAGCAGGCAUAUAUACAGUCACAUUCCGGCGGUGUGUCUCCUGCAGACCAAGGAGAAGCAUCCCAAACCAACCCGACAGCCACCGUCGAGGCUAAAGGGCUAUCCCAAAGGUUGUCGGAUCUAAGUGUCUCUCAGGAUAGCAGCAAGUCUGGCGAGUCGACUGAGCCAUCGACGCCUAACCUCGGGGAUAUGCUAAGCCACGACCCCGAUUCAGAUAUCUUCAAAAACCAGAUUGACGUCUUCGUGCACUCUGGUUCUAAUUUCUGUUUCGGUAUUCUUCUUCUUGUUAUUUCCAUGGUUCCCCCGGCCUUCAGCAAACUGCUCAGCAUCAUUGGAUUCUACGGAGAUAAAGAGCGGGGACUGAGGAUGCUAUGGCAAGCUAGCAAGUUCAAUAAUUUGAUUGGGGCACUGGCUGCUUUUGCGAUCCUUGGUUAUUACAAUGGUUUUGUCCGUUACUGCGAUAUUAUGCCAGAUCCAGCUCCGGGAGACCAGGGCGAUGUGCAGGGCUAUCCUCAGCAGAGACUUGAAGCCCUAUUAGCGCAGAUGAGGCAGCGGUUUUCCAAGAGCCAACUUUGGCUGCUUGAAGAGUCUAGGAUGGAAGGAGCGAACAAGAAUCUGGAAAGAUCCCUGGAGCUUCUAUGCGGUAAGGAGCGCAGCCCGCUCAAGCAGGUCGAAGCUUUGCGGGUGUUUGAACGGAGUUUGAAUGCAAUGUACCUUCACAAGUAUGAACUAUGCGCCGAAGCAUUUCUCGAGUGUGUCGAGUUGAACUCCUGGUCUCGUUCAUUAUACUAUUAUAUUGCAGGAGCAUCUCAUCUUGCCUUAUACCGGAGCAGUAUUGUAUCAGACCCUAAAAAGGCAGAAGAGCACGCAGAAAAAGCUACGGAGUACUUCCGAACUGCACCAUCGUUUGCCGGGAAGAAGCGCUUCAUGGCACGACAACUACCUUUCGACGUAUUCGUUGCACGAAAAAUUGCCAAGUGGGAAGCGCGAGCGAAGGAGUGGAGUGUGCCCCUUGUGGAGGCAGUCGGCGUUGAUCCCAUCGAAGAGAUGAUCUUCUUCUGGAACGGACAUAGCCGGAUGACACAAGGACAGCUCGAGGAAUCGAUGCAGAAGCUCGCCUGGUCCGAAAGUGACGAAAACAAGAAGUGGUCCCGAGAAGGCCCCGAAGAGAAGGCAAUUCUACAGCUGUUGCGGGCCGCCGUCUUGCGUGCGAUGCGUAAACACGACGAGGCCAGACACUUGCUUAAAGGGUCUGUCCUCAACCAUGACAAAUCUUUGUUCACGGGUCAUCUUAAAGACAACUGGAUCCACCCAGUGGCUCACUUCGAAAUGGCGGCUAAUCUCUGGAUGGAACGUCCCGGUUAUAUAGCCGUUCACGAUGCUCCGGCUACCGAGUCCAAGAUCGCUAAUAGCGAGGAAGUAACACAACUCGAAAGGCAGCAGGUGCGGGAAUGCAAGGAAUACCUUGAGAAAGCUGCUAGAUGGGAAAGCUACGAGCUGGACGCUCGUAUUGGUCUCAAGGUGACCGCUGCCAUGGAGGCAGUGCGCAAGUGGGAGAGCACGCACUCUACUCCUACUAAUUGAUGACUUGAUGUAUUAUGAUUAUAUACAUGUAUCUGCAAGAACUAUCUUUGCAAGAUAUACGAUGGGUAGAAUAUAUGAAUAGAGGACUACGAUCAUGUUCGGGUAUUACUACAUGGAGGUUCGAGGGAUUACCGCUAUUGCUUCACAGCCUAUUGAAACAUGAUCAAAUUCAUAGACAGCCCUUUUCUUUGUUCUUGUCCCAGGCUGCCUUUUUAUGUCAAUAUUUCAUUCCAAGAUAUCGUGGCAAAUUCUUGGUUUCUAUUCAUCAGGGAAACUGCGAACGUCAACGACGCAGGUUAUAUAAGACGGUCUUAUUAACUAUUGUUAUUCCGUUCCCAAGCGGCACCCUACCGCCUCACGUGACAAUAGAUGGGCCCCGGUCCACUUUUUCUUUUUGUUCUUUUCCCCGGCGAUCGUCCUUUUUAGCGUCCAAAACGCCCUCGGAAAAUAUUCCGCAGAGUGGUUCGGCAGGCUUGGCGAAUGAAUUGAAUG